UUUCCAAUAAAAUAAAUAAAUCUUUUUUUAAAAUGGGAGCAACUGUACCUGUGUCACAAGGCUAUUCAGAGGGGUAGGCAUCUGAGGUAUCCAUCGUACUUCCUAGAACAGAGUCAAUAUUGAACCAGUGAUAUUGUUUUGUAGCAUUUCUUAUUUCCUGCUAAUUUUUAUUAUUUUGCUCCUAUAUCAGUGUACACACCUUGAAAACAGCCAAGUCUGUCCAAACUGUGGCCUGCAGAGAUUCAAGAGUUUGUAGGUCUCCAGACUUGCACUUGUUAGUUAUUCUCCAGUGAAAUCUGAUCACUAGGGGUACAAAAUGAGAUAAAGUUCUUCAAAUGGCACUGCCUUAACAGUUGUUGUGCAGGUGUUCCUUGAUUAUGUUCUUCUGGCAUCACAUUCUUAAAUUCUAGUGUCCAACUUGUUUAAGAAGUUUGAAGCAAGUGUGAUGUGCUUUUUCUCUCUUUUUUUUUUUUCAGGUUAAACUCAUCCACAGUAAUGGCUGCAGCUUUACCCAGGACCCUGGGGGAGCUACAGCUGUAUAGAAUAUUACAGAAAGCCAAUCUUCUUUCCUACUUUGAUGCUUUUAUCCAGCAAGGUGGUGAUGAUGUUCAGCAGCUCUGUGAAGCUGGAGAAGAGGAAUUUUUGGAAAUUAUGGCACUUGUGGGCAUGGCUAGCAAGCCCCUUCAUGUCAGAAGGCUACAGAAGGCUUUGCGAGACUGGGUUACAAACCCUGGCCUUUUCAAUCAGCCACUCACUUCCCUUCCUGUCAGCAGCAUACCCAUCUAUAAAUUGCCAGAGGGAUCACCAACAUGGCUGGGAAUCUCUUGCAGUAGUUACGAAAGGAAUAGCAAUUCCCGGGAACCUCAUUUAAAAAUCCCCAAAUGUGCUGCCACCACCUGUGUGCAGAGCUUGGGACAGGGGAAGUCAGAUGUGGGGAGCUUAGCACUGCAGAGUGUCAGUGAGUCCAGACUUUGGCAAGGCCACCAUGCUACUGAAAGUGAGCACAGUCUGUCCCCAGCGGACCUUGGCUCCCCAGCUUCCCCAAAGGAAAGCAGCGAGGCCCUGGAUGCUGCUGCCGCGCUCUCUGUGGCUGAGUGUGUGGAGCGAAUGGCCCCCACGCUGCCAAAAAGUGACUUGAACGAGGUAAAAGAGCUGCUGAAAACCAAUAAGAAGUUGGCCAAAAUGAUUGGUCACAUCUUUGAGAUGAGCGAUGAUGAUCCACACAAAGAGGAGGAGAUUCGCAAGUACAGUGCAAUAUAUGGCAGAUUUGACUCCAAGAGAAAGGAUGGAAAGCAUCUCACACUCCAUGAGCUCACUGUGAAUGAAGCAGCUGCACAGCUCUGUGUGAAGGAUAAUGCCCUGCUGACCAGAAGAGAUGAACUUUUCGCCCUGGCUAGGCAGAUUUCUCGAGAAGUCACCUACAAAUAUACUUACAGAACUACCAAGUCAAAAUGUGGAGAAAGAGAUGAACUAUCUCCAAAAAGAAUUAAAGUGGAGGAUGGGUUUCCAGAUUUCCAGGAUUCUGUGCAGACACUCUUCCAGCAAGCUAGGGCUAAGAGUGAAGAACUUGCAGCUCUUGGUUCUCAGCCUGAAAAGGUGAUGGCAAAGCAGAUGGAGUUCCUGUGCUCCCAGGCUGGCUAUGAGAGACUGCAGCCAGGCGAGAGAAGGCUGUCUGCAGGACUUUACCGGCAAAGCUCAGAAGAACACAGCCCUAACGGCCUGACUUCCGAGAACUCAGAUGGACAAGGAGAGAGACCUUUGAAUCUCCGAAUGCCCAAUUUACAGAACAGACAGCCCCAUCAUUUUGUGGUGGAUGGAGAGCUGAGUAAGCUUUACUCCAGUGAGGCAAAGUCCCACUCAUCAGAGAGCCUUGGGAUUUUAAAAGACUAUCCUCACUCAGCUUUCACUUUAGAAAAGAAGGUCAUCAAAACAGAGCCUGAAGAUUCGAGAUAGCUGCGAUUCUCCUCCUGCUCUCUGGAAAUGGCAUCAACUUAAGGAAAAUGCUCCAUCGUAGAAAUAAGCCUUAAUAACCAAUGUUGCCUCAUUCAGCUCAAACAGAUUUCAUAGCCAAAGCAUAAGGAGUGGUAUAGUAGUUUAUGGAAAACUAAACAACAGCCACAAAAGAGAGAAUUGAGUGUCGCAAUCUGUAACAGAAAUAUUGAUUCAUUCACAUUCCUGUGUAAGUUGUUGUAUGUGGAAAGGCUUACAAAUUAAUAUUGUAAGCAUUCAUUAUUUAAGAAUGUACAAUGUGUUUGUGUAACUUAUAGAAGUAAAAUCUAAAUGUUGAGACCUUUUUGGUCCAAUAGAUGUGGAUACAGUUUAUUUUACUUGAAAAUUUGUUAUGUACUUUUUAGUGUAUUUAGCAUAAAUAUUAUUACGUGUCAAAAGCUUAGAAUCUUUGUAGUCAACAAAAGGAAAGUACAGGUGAUGUUAUUGACAAGGCUGCAUUGAUUGUUUAAAAAUGAAAAAGAAAAUAUUUGGUUUAAACCAAGGAAAAUUUUGUGGGUUUGAUAUUUGAUAAGCUUGAUCUGAUUUAAUAGGAAAUGUGUAGCAUUCACUUUCUAAUAGCUUUUUCACUGGUUUAAUCAGUGUGUAUUUGCAUAAUCCAUAAAUAUUGGAGAAAAGUAAAAAAGAUGAACAAUGAAGAAGAAAGUAUCUCUUACCGAAAUUGACCCAGAUAGAGUUCUAUAGUAACUGCUGAAGAGGUAACAAUAACAGGAAAGUGUUACCACUUGGACAGAAAACUUGAAGCAAGUAGAGAUGCAAAAUCUUGACUUAAACAUUGGUAUUUCAGAAUGUGUUAACCAGAUGAAGACCUAGUAAGUUAAUCCUAAGUGUGAAAAAGAUGGUAACUGUUAAUAAAGGUGUGAUAGAUUUAAGUACCGUAUUAUGUCCAGAAAUUCCUGUUCAUGUUCAGGAGUCACAAAGAUUAGAUGCCUCUCACAGGGAAAUAUCUACCCUUCCAGCUGUCACAAAUGUGGGCUCAUGACACCCACAUUUGCAGACACAUUUCUGUGGAGGUUUAGUGAACACAUAUUCAUUAUUUAUUUUAAAAUGUCAUUUUUAUAUACCUUUCUGAUUUGUGAAUGCAAUUUCUUCCUAAGAUUCAUUUCAACUUGAAAAGAUGUUUUUAAUCCCCCCUACUUAAUUAGUGGACUGUCUGCAUUUACAUGGGACUAUACUUAAUGUUAAUAAUGUCCUUGGGUCCUUACGAGAAUUUCAUAUUGGAAUCCACAGUGGAAGAAGAAAUACAACAUCUGCCAGUAGACAUUCUGCCGAUUUAAGAGAAGAGAUUUGACAGCUUUACUGAACUUCCUACAGAUUACCUAAACCCAGAGGUUGCCAAGAAGAGUGUAGUGACAUGAUGUAUGUGUUAUUUUGUUUCCAGUUCUGCUUUAGAUCAUAACUGUAAAAAAAAUACUAAGUCAUAAUCUGUUAUCCUGCAGUUCGUCAGCCAAAUGUUAGAUGAAAUGUCUGCACUGUAGUCUCUGAUCACUGUCACAUAUCUAACUGCUUUUUCAGUUUGGGGUUUGUAGGAGAGCUUUACGGUAGAGACACCAGUAAACAACUUUUAUACUAUUAAAAGGCUUUUUCCCUUCCUACGUGUUUUAAUUGUACCAUAGUGUUCUGCUCACUGAAGAAGCUUCUUAUGGACCUUGCAACUCUGUUGCUAGCUUGAGGUUGAUUAUUGUGGUUGUAUUGUUCACUGUGUAUAGAAAUAGUAUGAGUACGACUUAAAUAGAAUGUUCAGUUUUUAAUAUUAGCCAUAGCACUGGUUAGUAUCUCAGUAGUUUCAUGAAACGUUUCCUGUAUUCUAAUCUAUUUUGAGAAAUUUUGUGGUUUUUUUUUUAAUUGUGUCUCACAGUUCAAGUUUGUAGAUUUUAAUAAGUAACAGUUUUUGAAGAUGCAGUUGUCUUCCAACUAAUAUUUAUCCAUCUUUUAUGGACCCACAAGCUGCAUCUUUAAAUCCAUAAAUAGGUUUCCUUAAGUACCAUACUUUUCUUGUCUUUCAAGCUAUGUGAUAAGGAAGAAGCACAAGAAGAAUUUCAGUAGAAUACAGUUUUUAUUUUAUAAACACUAAUGUAUUAAACUUGCUAUACAUUAAAGCAAAUAAUAUAUAUUUUUAUUUGAAUUGUAUAUAUGAAUUGGAUGUUAUAACUAGUCGAUUUUUUCAUUGUGUUAGAGGUAUUUUCACUGAACAAGGUCAAUUGGUUACCUCAGUAUUACAGCCAAUAUAGUCCAAGGGACCAUUUCUCCCCAAAUUGUGUUAUACUUUAUUGUGUGAAGUCUGCAUUUUUGUGACUUAAAGUUGUUGGUGAGGUGGGACGAGUGCACUUGCUUCCUGUGGCAAUAAAGAUUUUCUGUGCCUCA